UAGUUAACAAAUGAUAGCACGCCUUAACCGCACCCACACUUUUAUCAAUACUGUUUUGAAAUUUAUUCCUGUAAAUCUUUGUAAUUAAUUGUUUUUUAAAACAAAAUUCCUUUAUUUUAUUAUUCUUUAUUUUAAUUUAUUUUAUAAAUAAUUUUUUCUUAAUAAAUAAAUUUUCUUUUAAUAAAUUUGAAAUAAAGAAAUUUUUGUAUUGAUGUAAUAAUACUAUAUAUGACAUAAUAAAGAAAUAAAAUGACAAAACAUUACAAUUUUGAUUAUAAUUUAUUACAAAUAUAAUUAUAAAUUAUUUAUUGACUAAAAUAUAAGUAAUAAAAGUGCAUAUAUAUGUAUUUAUGAACGUGUAUUUUUAGACUCAUAUGUAUACGUGCUAUUCAGUAAUAAAAUGUGAAAUUUCGAUUUGAAAGAAUACUCUGAAGUAUUUUUGAUACGUUGUUAAAAUAUCGAGGUUAAGAUGCUAAUUUAACUCCUGUUCAAAAACGGAAUAGAAGGCAAUUUUUUAACUUUCUUCUAUAUUAUUACCCAAAACAAAUAGACAUACAUUCAUUUUUCUGGAGUUCACACAUUUUUUGAUAUACUUUUUUUAUUGUGUUGUCACGUAAAUGUAAUAAAAUUUAAUUAUCGCUUAUAUAAAAUUUCAAUCCAGACUAAUCCAAUUCUAAGAAAGAAUGUCUUUUAUGGUAGAAAAUAGAUCAACCAAUGAAAUAAACAAUAAAGAGAGAGAACAUUUUCUUUCUUUAGAAGUAACUAAAGAUUAUAGCUUUAAGAGACACAGACGUAAGGAGGAUGAGGAACGUAUCUGGGCUUCAUUUGUCAAAGAACAGGAGUUAAAUAAUUUGAGGUUUGACAAAAAAGAUGUUGACUAUUCUAUACAAAAUAUAAAAGAUCUGUUGCAAGAAAAUAUACAAAAUGUAGAUAGAGAACUGAAAAGACUAGAAGAAGAUGCUCUUCCUGAACGAAGCAAAGGAAUUCAAAACCCUAAAUCUAAUGUCAAAAAUGAAACAAUUUAUUCAAAAGUAAACAAUAUCAGAAAUAAUUCUUCAAAAGAAAAAAUAUUAACAAAGAAUAAAGAUACAUGUAAAACUAAUGUUUUAAUUCCAACUUCACAAGGCAAUAAUAUUUGUAUAUCUAAGGAAUUUGAAGGACAGAAAACAGUUUUUAGAUCUAAAGCUAAAAAAUCUUUGUCAGAUUCUACUAUCACAGAAAAAAAGUGUUAUACAAACCAACUUCUUCGUGCAACAAAUCAUUUUGAAAAUAAUUCUGAUACAGAUUCAAGUAAUAACAAAGAUGAUAUCGUUUAUGUACAACCAGAUCCACUUACUAUACAAAAACUUUUAUCAAUGCAAAAGAAAAUUGCUGAAUUGUUAGAUGAAAUUUUAUUUAGAUUAUGCAGAAUUCCUUUACCAGAUGGCGAAAAUGAUUUAAAAAGAAGACAACAACAAACAUUAGAAUUUGCUAUAAGAUUUUCAAGAAAUUAUUUAUACAAUUUAAAUAGAUUUGUUACAAGCAUUCAAAGACAUAUCAAAGCUGUGUCUUCAAGAUCAGGAUUAAAACAAUAUCAUAAAAAUAUUGCAUUUCAUCAAGAUAUGAUUAAACAAAAAUUAGUUGCUGCACAUCAAUUAUUAAUGCAAGCUUUAACUGCUUAUUGUAAACAUAUUCCUAAUUCUAUUCUUGAUGGUCAUUCUACAAAAUUGCAAGAUGUAUUACAAAUUGUUUACAAUCUGAUAAAUAUUUGUGAUAAAAUUGAAAUCUCUUCUUAUUAUUUUUGUUCUGGAGAUACUACCAUUAUACCGCUGGGAAAAAAUCUUCAAGAUAAAUGCGAUGCUAUAUUAGCAAAAUUGAAGUUAAAUUUAGAAAGUAAAUAUGGAUAUGCAAAUUAUAAAAAUGCUCAAUCUUUUAUAACUACUGCAUCGAUAUCUUUACCUAACAAAGGACGUUUGAAUCGAAAAAAUUUAUCUAGUCGAUUAAGUAUGUACAAUAUGGAUGUUAAAAUAUCUAAGUCUAACCAAAAAAGAAGAAAUUACAUAAGAAGAAAAAAUUAUACUUAUCAAAAAGAAAAUGGAAAUAAUACUAAGGAUAGUAAAAACUUAUAUACUCAAGAUUGCUCAUUACCAGAAAUGUUAUAUCCCAGUCCUAUAACUCAUACAACUUCUUCUAGGGAUGUUGUUCAUAUUGAUUCUAUGAAAAAUAUAAACAACUUAAAAGAAGAUGACAUUCAAACUAUGAUGGAAGGAAUAACGAUAGAUUCUGAAAAUGACAGCAAUAUAGAAAUUCAAACUAAAUGUAAACCUACUACAAAUAGUGAACCACAAUCUGUUGCAAUACGAAAAAAAGGAGGAAAUAUUAAAGUAGAAAAUGUUACCGACGAAAAUGAUCUAAUUAAAAAAGUAACCACAAUUCCUAAAGAGCAUUUGGCUACUUUAGUUCCUGUAAUAAACGAUUUAAUAACUUUUGUGUCGAGAAUGCAAAACGAAUCUGAGAUGCAACCUGUUUCGGAAACAUCUGUGGAAACAUUAAGAGAAUUUUUACAAAAAUAUCAGUCUCCUAAAGAUUAUGAUACUAAAACAACUUUAACAAAAAACAAUUAUGAACAAUCAUAUUGUAAUUUGAAUGGCUUAUCUGAAAUUAAAAAACGUGAUGAAAAUGUACAAUUCAUUUGUAUAUCUUCUAUGGAAAAAGUUCCUAAAAUGACUCAAUGUGAUGCUUCAUGUCAAGUAGAUUAUGAAAUUGCAUUAAAAAUUAUUGACAAUGGAAAAAUUAUGAAUUCAAAUAUCAAAGAUACAAUACAGCUUGCUAUUUCAGAAGAAAUUGAGCUACAAUUUUUAACAUAUAGAUGUGAAUAUAAAAAAUUUUGUCAAUCAAAACCAAUGUAUUCCAGCAACACACAGAAUAAACCAUGGGACAUUGUGGCAUGGAUAUCUGAUAAAUUGAUAGAGGAAUUAAUAAUUGAAAUAACAGAAGAGUUACAAAUGAAUAAUAUAAUUAAGAAACUGUUUGAAAUGGAGUUUCAAGAAUUGUAAUAACAAAGUUUGUGUAUAUGGAAUUAUUACAAAAAAUCAUACUUAUACAAAGCAAAGAACUUUUCAAAUAUUUUUUAUUUAAAGUAUCACUUUUUAAAUAAAUUACUUUUCAUACCAAA